CAGACAGUGGGAAAGAGCUCUCUUCCCACUCGGAAAACAAGAUUUGUCUGCUGUGCUUUGCGCUGCAGCAGACUUCAGUUCAGUGUGAGACUUUUUCCCGCAGAUACUGAACUCCUACUUACUUUCUUACUUACUUACUCCAGCACAGUUUUCUCCAGGAGGACACAACUGAUGGUUGACGUGAGUUCAGCAGCACUGCCCACGCAGGUGCCCGCCACCGCCGCAACUAUCCUCCCUAUGGACCUGCGGAUGGUUGACCACCACCACCAACAGACCAAUUAUGGAUUACUUCCCCAACCACAACCUGCAGCGCCCACAUCCACCGCUUGUCCCACAUCUGACGGGCCAGUCAUUAACCACCAAGCGCAGCAGCUGCAGCAGGAGCUGGUGGCUCUCAAACACAAGCAGCAGCUCCAGAGACAGUUGCUCAUCGCCGAGUUCCAGAGGCAGGAUGAACAGCUGUCGAGGCAACAUGAGGUGCAGCUGCAUGAACAUAUCAAGCAUCAACAGGAUUUAUUGGCGCUGAAGCACCAGCAAGAGCUGUUGGAGCACCAGCGGAAGAUAGAGCAGCAGCGCAAUGAGCAGGAGUUGGAGAAGCAGCACCGGGAACACAAACUACAUCAGCUCAAAAACAAGGAGAGGGGACGAGAAAGCGCAGUUGCCAGCACAGAAGUAAAGAUGCGACUUCAAGCAUUUGUCCUGAACAAGAAGAAAGCCUUGGCUCAGCGAACCCUAAACCAUUGUCUGCCCAAUGAUCCACGCUACUGGUACGGGAAAACACAACACAGCUCUUUGGAUCAAAGCUCGCCUCCCCAAGCAACUUUGUCAGCAUACCAGCACCCAUUGUUGGGCACGUACGACUCAAAAGAUGACUUCCCACUACGCAAAACAGCAUCCGAACCCAACCUGAAGCUUCGUUCCAGACUAAAGCAGAAGGUGACGGAGCGCCGCAGCAGCCCUCUCCUACGCAGAAAAGACGGCACCAUCCUUGCUGCGAAGAAACGCUCCCUGGACAUUGCCGGUUUUUCCGACCGUCCUCCAGACUCUGCAUGCAGCAGCGCUCCGGGCUCGGGUCCCAGCUCCCCCAACAACAGCUCCAGUAACAUUCCCCAUGAGAACGGCAUCCCCAUGUCCGGCAGCCCAGGAGAGGCGUCCUUGCUUCAACGCUUGGUUUCAAGGGAUGGUUCGGUCAGCCACCUCUCACUUUACACCUCUCCUUCUCUGCCCAACAUUACCCUGGGAUUGCCAGCUACAUGCCCGGGUAGCAAUACGUUAUCAGGACAUCAAGAUGCUGAAAGUCGCCUGGCGCUGUCUGCGUUGCAGCAGGGCAUUCCUUUAACCUCCCCUUUCCUGCCCGCUGCCCACUUGCCCCCCUACUUGGCAUCUCCAGGUCUGGACAGAGACGGGGCCGGGGGAGGCACAGCUGGUCAUGCCCCCCUUCUCCAACACAUGGUGCUCUUGGAGCAGAGCCACAGUCCAAUGGUUGGUUUAAGCGGCCUCCCACUCCCGCCAUCGUCAAUCUCCAAGCUUGUGCGGGGCCACCACCCCCUGGGUAGAACCCAGUCGGCACCUCUGCCCCAACAACAGUGCGGUCCAGCUCAGGCACUGCAGCAGCUGGUGGUCCAACAGCAGCACCAGCAGUUCCUGGAAAAGCACAAACAACAGUUCCAACAGCAGCAACAUAUCAUCAACAAGAUGAUGUCUAAACCCAGUGACCAAGGCUCAGCUGUCAGCUCCUCAACAUGCGUGUCAUCCAGGCAGCACCAGAGCCACCCAGAGGAGACAGAAGAAGAACUCAGGGAGCACCAAGGUCUUUUAUCCUCCUCCUCCUCCUCAUCUUCCUCUUUGGCCAUCAAGCAGGAGCCCCUUGACCCUCAAGAGCAGGACGACAGAGAGCAGAGGGAGAGGCAGGCUGAACAGGAGCUCCUGUUCCGACAGCAGGCAGUGCUGCUGGAGCAACAGCGGCUCCACCAGUUGAGGAGCUUCAGGUCCUCAAUGGAAGCAGCAGGAUUGCCCGUGAGCUUUGCAGGCCACCGCCCCCUCUCUCGGGCCCAGUCGUCUCCAGCUUCCUCCUGCUCCUUCGCCAUGAUGGUGCAGGAGCCAGCGACCAAGCCACGUUUUACUACAGGUCUGGUGUAUGACUCCUUGAUGCAGAAGCAUCAGUGUAUGUGUGGCAACACAAACAGUCAUCCAGAGCAUGCAGGCCGCAUCCAGAGUAUCUGGUCCCGCCUGCAGGAAACAGGUCUAAGGGGCCACUGCGAGUGUAUCCGAGGAAGGAAAGCCACAUUGGAGGAAUUGCAGACCGUCCACUCCGAGCCCCAUGUUCUUCUGUACGGAACCAACCCACUGCGGCAAAAGAUGGACUGUUCUACGAGUCCGAUGUUUGUGAGAUUACCCUGCGGAGGCAUUGGGGUGGACAGUGACACCAUCUGGAAUGAGGUCCAUUCAUCCAGCGCAGCUCGACUGGCGGUUGGUUCCGUGGUGGAGCUGGUCUUCAAAGUAGCGUCGGGAGAACUGAAGAAUGGUUUUGCGGUAGUGCGACCACCUGGGCACCAUGCAGAGGAGAACACUCCGAUGGGAUUCUGUUACUUUAACUCGGUGGCGAUAGCGGCCAGGCUCCUGCAGCAGAGGCUCAGUGUCAGCAAGAUCCUCAUUGUGGACUGGGAUGUUCACCAUGGCAACGGCACCCAGCAGGCCUUCUACGCUGACCCCAGUGUUCUAUAUCUGUCGCUGCAUCGCUACGACGAUGGUAAUUUCUUUCCUGGAAGUGGAGCCCCCGAUGAGGUUGGCAGCGGGCCUGGCGCGGGCUUCAACGUGAACGUGGCGUUUACUGGAGGACUUGAACCUCCCAUGGGUGAUGCAGAGUACCUUGCAGCGUUCAGGACAGUGGUGAUGCCCAUUGCCAAUGAGUUUGCACCAGAUGUGGUUCUGGUAUCUUCUGGUUUUGAUUCAGUGGACGGACAUGCUCCACCACUGGGUGGAUACAAGCUGACUGCCAAAUGCUUCGGGUACCUGACCAGGCAACUAAUGGGCCUGGCAGGCGGUCGGCUGGUUCUUGCCCUGGAGGGAGGUCAUGACCUCACAGCCAUAUGUGACGCUUCUGAAGCCUGCGUGUCGGCUUUGCUUGGUAAUGAGUUGGAACCCAUCCCAGAUGAUGUGUUGCAUCAAAGGCCAAACACAAAUGCUGUCCACUCAAUGGAGAAAGUUGUUGAAGCUCACAGUAAAUACUGGUGCUCGCUACAACGCUCUGCCUCCACGCUCGGAUGCUCUUUGAGCGAAGCUCUGAGACGCGACGCCGAAGAGGCAGAGACCGUCUCUGCCAUGGCUUCGCUGUCUGUCGCUAACAAGAACAUCGGAGAGAAGACUCAAGAGGAACCAAUGGAGGAGGAAGCCCCCCAGUAAGAGGCCUUGUCGAUGUCCGAGCACCGAGACUUUUGUGUAUGACAAUUCUUUUAUUGCCACUUCCACACCUGUGCUCUUGUCCAAUCGAGAUGUUGUCACCAUGGCGAAGAAGAACGAAUAUGAAUAGAAUUAUUUCCCGUUCUACCGCGAAUUGAGGAUGAACUAAUAGAGGACUCAACCAAUUCACACCCAGUCAUUCAUUGUGCAUUUUAGAAUGAAACACGUACAAUCCGCAUUCCAUUUUGUUACAUAUUCCCAUCCGUCAGGCACGAUCCGAUGAUAUUAAGAUUGUGAUCCUGCAUCAAGAACCAUCCAUGCUCUGUUUUUUUCAAUCUGAGAUUUUCCCAAUCCAAUGUGACGGAGAAAACAUUUGCGUGCGUGCCUUUGUUGUUAUCCAACGAGUACGGAUAGUUUUGAAUAGUUUGUUGAAGAACUACAGUAUGCCUUAAAAGUGGCUCGAUAUAAGGGGUCUCCCAGUCCGACAACACCCAUGCCUGAGACGUGCACGUAGGUGCAAAGACCUGGCAUGUUCCAUGCACCACAGCACGGCCUAUUAUCUUUUCUUUUAUUUCUAUUUGUGUCUCACUUCAGAAGGGAAGAGUCAUCCAUUUCAGUGUCAAGAUUGUACAUUUGGGAGAACGUGGCGUAGCGUGCACUGUCGGACCUGUGAAAACGGCGAUGUUGUCUUUGCUUUGUGUAGAACAGGGGUGUCAAACUCAUUUUAGAUCGGGGGCCACAUGGAGAAAAAUCUACUCCCAAGUGGGCCGGACUGGUAAAAUCGCGGCACGAUAACUUAAAAAUAAAGACAACUUCAGAUUGUUUACUUUGUUUAAUAAUAGAACAAGCACAUUCUGAAAAUGUACAAAUCAUAAUGUUGUUGGUUUUUUUUUUACACUAACAUGUUGCAGUUAAUAGUAUUCUAUCUUUAUUUGUCGUUAUUUAUACUUUCUGAAUAAAUUAUGUUAUAAUGUUCAUCAGUCAACUCAUUGGUGGUAAUUUUCAAUCUUAUCACGAUAAAAAAAUAAGGUACACAUAUUCACUAGAGAUGUCCGAUAAUAUCGGACUGUCGAUAUUAUCGGCCGAUAAAUACUUUAAAAUGUAAUAUCGGAAAUUAUCGGUAUCGGUUUCAAAAAGUAAUAAAAUGUAUGACUUUUUAAAACGCCGCUGUAGGGAGAGGUACAGAGCGCCAAUAAACCUUAAAGGCUCUGCCUUUGCGUGCCGGCCCAAUCACAUAAUAUCUACGGCUUUUCACACACACAAGUGAAUGCAAGUCAUACUUGGUCAACAGCCAUACAGGUCACACUGAGGGUGGCCGUAUAAACAACUUUAACACUGUUACAAAUAUGCGCCACACUGUGAACCCACACCAAACAAGAACAUCCGCACCGUAACACAACAUAAACACAACAGAACAAAUACCCAGAACCUCUUGCAGCACUAACUCUUCCGGGACACUACAAUACAUUGUUUAAAGCAUCCAGCGGGGCAUCACAACAAAAUUAGGCAUAAUAAUGUGUUAAUUCCACGACUGUAUAUAUCGGUAUCGGUUGAUAUCGGAAUCGGUAAUUAAAAGUUGGACAAUAUUGGAAUAUCGGAUAUCGGCAAAAAAAGCCAUUAUCGGACAUCUCUAAUAUUCACCAUUAAUUAGUUGCUUAUUAACAUGCAAAUUAGUAACAUAUUGGCUCUUAAUUAGUCAUUAUUAAGUACUUAUUAAUGCCUUAUUCUGCAUGGCCUUAUUAUACAACCAGUAAGCCAUUAACUAAGAGUCUUCCCUCAAUAACCUCAGAAUUAUUGCUUAUUAGUAACCCUAACCCUAACCCUUUUAUAGUCCCCUAGUGUCCAAAUAACUCUAAAUUAAGUCUUUGUUACUGUAAUAAGCAACUAAUUAAUGGUGAAUAUGUCCCCCAUACUAAAGUGUUACCAAAAAUAAUAUCAAAAUACAAUUACAUAAUUAUUAUUUAUGUAGUUUGCUCAUUUUCCUCAUGUGGUUUAUUUUUUGUUUACAUAUGUAGCAUAAUCUUCAAAGAUACAAAUAAUUGCUAUUGCGACAUCUAGUGGACACAUUUAGAACAGCAGUUUCUUUCAUUCCAAAAUUUCGGCUCAUUUUUAUACUCCGCAAACUCAUCCCGCGGGCCUUAUAAAACCUGUUUGUGGGCCUGAUCCGGCCCCGCGGGCCGUACGUUUGACACCCCUGGUGUAGAAUGUCACUUUUUUACAGGAAUAUCUCUUAACUAGGCAUAUUUGGAAGCCUUCUCUUUUUGACAACAUUGUUUCCACAACAACAAUGACCUUACCGCCUGGGAGUUUCCAGAGGGGUUGCAAAAGGGCCACAGCUGCCUGAACAUCUGCUCCCCAAAUGUCAGGUGUGAGAGCAUGUGGCAGGUGUGUGCACAUCUAUGCUGUUCACAUUUCCAAUGUUUGUACUUCUUUUUUUCCCCCUCCCUAUGUUGCCUUAUUUUAUAGGACCGUGUGAUUUUCCCUCAAACAAUAAGUAAAUACAAGUAUUAGUAAUAGUACAGGUGGUCCUGAAGUCGCUAUAUUGUUCCUACAACGUGUUAAAAUACAUUAAAAAAACCAACUAAAUAACACAGUAAUUAAAAACGAGCAAUUCCUCGCAUUUUGCAAUCUCAGUCAACCCAUUAGAAAACUCACUCCCUUCCGGCCGAGAUACGAGCAACCUUUUUAAUUAACUAAUUAGACCACUACACUGCUUAGUUAUUAUUGUUGCUUCCAUAGACACAGAUCCUUGAACAUGGUGAAGGAUCCUUAUCCUUAAUCAGUGUUUUUCAACCUUUUCUGAGCCAAGGCACAUUUUUUCCAUUGAAAAAAAAUCCUGAGGCUUACCGCGAGCAGAAAACAUUUAAAAAAUGCUACUCGGAAGCCGAUAUUGACAAUAAAAAGUCGUUCUCGCAAUUGUUGGAUAUGAAUUCAAACCAUAACCACCCAUGCAUCACUAUAGCUCUUUUCUCAAAGUAGGUGUGCUGUCAUGACCUGUCACAUCACGCCGUGAUUUAUUUUGAGUUUUUUGGUGUUUUCCUGUGUGUAGUGUUUUACUUCUUGUCUUGCGCUCCUAUUUUGGUGUUGAUUGUCAUGCACUUUGUGGACGCCGUCUGCUCCGCACGAUGUAAGUCUUUGCUGUCGUCCAGCAUUCUGUUUUUGUUUACUUUGCAGACAGUUCAGUUUUAGUUGCGUUUUGCAUAGCCAUCCUUAAGCUUCAAUGCCUUUUCUUAGCGGCACUAGCCUUUUGUUUAUUUUUGGUUCAAGCAUUAGACAGCUUUUUACCUGCACGCUGCCUCCCACAUAUUGUGAUCACGACAAACCUUUUUCCCGACAUCUACAAAGCAAUUAGCUACCUGCUAUGAUAUGCCAAGCUCUAGACAGCACAGACACUCAACAACGGCAUUAUUAUUUGUGGAUUAUAAUUAUUGGUUUGCAUAAAAUAUUUUUAACCCAAUUAGCGGAAAUUACACAAUGUCCCACGGCACACCAGACAAUAUCUCACAGUACACUAGUGUGCCGCGGCACAGUGGUUGAAAAACACUGUCCUUCAGUGUUCAGAAAAACAAUGUUUUUCUAGUAAUGAGCAAUAUAAAUAAAUCAAUCAAAGUUGAUUAAAAAAAUAAAUAAAAAAACCCUAAUCACAAGUGCUUUGAACCACAAUGACGUCCCCUAGUGGAGCUCCCAUUGGCUCUAAUGAAAGCUGACUUUUAUUUACGUUUAUUUAUUAUUUAGAAUGCAUUUGUUUAAAAAUCCAUCUAUUGUCAUGUUUUUCAUAAUAAUUGUGAACGAUUCCAAAUACCAAAAAAUAAAUAAAGUUCCCCUUUAGCUCCAGACUUCUUCUGUUAGUUUGAGAUUGUCAUUACUGCCACAAGUGGUGGAAAAGUGUAUUACAACUGAGUACCUCUAUGGGGCUCUCGCAGCCCAACAAUGGGCCCUUGGCCCUAUGGUGAAGAAACACUCGAUUAAUCUGCAUCAACACGGUCAUUUUGGCAGGCCUAAAUUUAUGGUAGUGCGUUGAUAACCACAAAAAAAAAAAAAAAAAUGUCGAACCAGGACCACCUGUUUAUCAUUGUUAUGGUUUUGAAUAUUGAAGAGAAUAAGAUUUUUUAAUUAUGAGUAUAUUAUUAGAGAUGUAUCCAAAUUGAUCUUUUUUCACUAGAUUCUGAAGAUUGCAUUUUGUGGGCAGCUACUUUCUCUCCUACAUGGCUGUCUCAUCACCACAGACUUCAUGAAUAUUCUUAUUUUUAAACAUUCUGAAUUGAGUUAUUCGCUGUACUGUUGAACGCCCUCAAUAUUCCUGCCACAUGCUCGCGACAAAGGACUUCCGGUUGAUUCCCGUUCCAUCUCUCGCCAUCUUUGCAGGGACGUUGUGACUUUGCUGUGUUUUUUUUUUUAACAUGUUGUAUAUUUUGUUGCCUUGUUUGUUACAUUGCUGACAUGCUUCACUGCAGAUGAGGGUUUAGAUAAAACAUGCUGUUCUGGACUGAGGGCUUUUGUGGGAACUGUUUCUACUUUGUAUACAAUUGUGUAUUUACUGUCUGUUUAUAGUAGAGUUAUAAAUACAUAUAUAUAUAUAUAUAUAUAUAUAUAUAUAUAUAUAUAUAUAUAUAUAUAUAUAUAUAUAUAUAUAUAUAUAUAUAUAUACGUAUAUAUAUAUAUGAAAAGAAAUGAUUAUAUUCUUGAACAAUAUGUAUGCGUUCUUACGUGUAGGGUGUUACUGAAUGCACCGUUUGCUGUCCUUGAUUACAGUUUGUUGUUCCAUUGUGCUUUUUAUCAGCUGUCUUUUGGUCAGUGAUGACAACUUUCUGGACUUUUCCAUUCCUGCGGCACCACGUCUUUGCUGCCAUUGCCCGCCGGUCCGCUUCACAUAUCCAUGCACAUAUUUGUACUUUUUUUCCAAAUGUUCUUGUCUUUUUUUCUGGUCUGUAGAUUAAAUUGUAGAAGAACAUGCAUUUUAUAUGGCACCUGUUACAUUUUAGUAAUUCAAGAAACAUGAGAUUAAAUUGGAAUUUUACAAUUCACAAACUCGACCUUUCAUUCUUGGUAUUACAGAAAAUGAUGGAACACUUUGAAUAUCAAUAUCAGUAUCAAUAAUAAUAAUACUAAUAGAUUUUAUUUGUAAAAAGCACUUUAUAUUGAGUAAACAACCUCAAAGUGCUACAGUCUUAUUAAAAAAAAUAAAAAUAAAAAAAUAAUAAAAAAUAAAUACAAAUAAAAAUUAGAACAGUCAAAUAGCUCAAACUAGUAUGCAUAUAUCUAAAAAAAAAAAGGCUUUUUUAAAAAGAAGGGUUUUUAAGCCUUUUUUAAAAGCAUCCACAGUCUGUGGUGCCCUCAGGUGGUCAGGGAGAGCGUUCCACAGACUGAGAGCGGCGGAGCAGAAAACCUGGUCUCCCAUUGUUCAUAGCUUUGUCCUCGGAGGUUGGAGGAGGUUAGCCUGUCCGGAGCGGAGGUGUCGCGUGGAGGAUUUGGAGGUGAGUAGUUCUUUGAGGUAGAGGGGGGAAUUUCCAUGGAGGCACUGGUGGGUUAGUAGGGAGACUUUGAAUUCAAUCCUGAGUGGAACAGGAAGCCAGUGAAGGGAUUUGAGAGUUGUUGUGAUAUGGUCGUAUUUCCGCACUCUCAUCGGGAUCCUAGCAGCACUAUUCUGUAUGUAUUGCAGCUUCUGGAUGUUCUUGCUGGGGAUCCCGACAAGAAGUGCGUUGCAGUAGUCGAGCCUGGAGGAGACAAUGCAGGAAAUGGUUGUCAUGUGAUCAUAAGGUUGUCAUGGUGAUGGCUGAUUGUGAAAACAAAUAUGUCACGAGACAAUAAUACUAUAUAACAUUUACAUUUUUAUAUAGUUAAUACAGAGUAGCAAUAUGGUCCUUUUAUCAAUCAUCUCAGUGGAUGUUUCCAGGUCUCUCAAUUGAAAGAAAAAAAAUAGAUUUGAUCGUUUUCUUGGAAGUUUCUUUUAUAAUUUUAUCAUGUGUGGUAUACACUGCAUCCAACCUUCAAGUACUUUGGCUUCGUGGGGCGCUGGACUUAUUCCAGCCUCUGGGGCCUCUAAGAACAAAAGUAUGUAGUCUGACAGUACUAAGAAAAGACAGGGGGCGUCGAUAG